CCGUUUUAAAUAGACAGACACACGCUCCCCCACCCCCACCCCACCCCAACUCGUCCCCUCCCCCUCCCCCCUCGCCGCCGCCCGUCUCCGACGCUCCAUCAGCGCCGACAGCCGCCCCCCUCUCAGCUCCAAGGGCCUCGAUCGAGAAGCGGCGGCGGUGGACAUGGGCCAGAUCCAGUACUCCGAGAAGUACUUCGACGACACCUUCGAGUACAGGCACGUGGUCCUCCCGCCGGAAGUCGCCAAGCUCCUCCCCAAGAACCGCCUCCUCGCCGAGAACGAGUGGCGCGCGCUGGGCGUGCAGCAGAGCCGCGGGUGGGUGCACUACGCCGUCCACCGGCCGGAGCCGCACAUCAUGCUGUUCCGCCGCCCGCUCAACUACCAGCAGCAGCAGGACGCGGCUGCUGCCGCCGCGGCGCAGAUGAUGCCCAAGUGAUCGGCCCCAGCGAGGGCAGUGGCGACCGGGGGUUGGAACUCCUGAAAACCCCAGGCCCUUUUGAUCUCUAAAAGGGCGAUCGCACUGGUUUGUCUGGUCAGGAUCUAGUUGUGUUGGUGGUGUCCACCAUGUGUUCGUGGAAAUGCCUGGGAGGAACUUGCAGUGUGUUAGUCUGUGUUAUUAUCCUGGAUACUGUUGAAUGCUACCUGUUAUGUGAUGCUGGUACUGUUGGUAGAUCUCCCCGUGAUGAUCUGUUAGUGUUAAUGCUUGCUUUACUGUUAUCUGGUUCCUUAGAUUAGGUGUAUGGUGUUCAUGUGAUAGUGAAUCUUAUGUUUAGCAAGAGGAUUUGGAGCACUGGUUAUGGAUGAUCUAUGCACCGUCCAGACUAAAAUGCACCUCCUUUGCAUGUUUGGUA